AUGUGGGUAAAACUGUCCCUGGGUUUAGUUUCAUGUUUUGCAUUUUAUUUGUUUAAUAAUGUACAAAAACAAGCUUUUUUAAAGGAUGAACUUGACAAAAGGGGUUCUGUUUUGAAGCCACCAAAUGUGGAGCUACCACAACCACCAUCUGGCUCCUUAUUACAUGUCUAUGAAAAGGCGGCGGUAUGCUCAGAUAAAAAUGUCUGCAGUAAUAUUGGAAGUGUCAUCCUGCAACAUGAAGGCAACGCCAUAGAUUCCACAAUAGCUACUCUAUUGUGUAAUGGUUUGGUAACCAUGCAAAGUAUGGGUUUGGGUGGUGGUGUUAUCAUGACCUACUAUAAUCGCCUGCAAAAGAAAGCCUUUAGUAUAAUAGGAAGAGAAAGAGCUCCUUUAAAUGUAAAUCUAAAAGCCAUAAGGAAGCUAGAAAAUUCUACAACAUUGGCUAAAUCUGUUUACUCUAUAGCAGUACCGGGCGAAUUAAUGGCAUACCAUGAGGCUCAUACACGUUAUGGUUCAUUGCCUUGGUCUUAUAUCAUACAACCAACAGUGGACUUGUGUUAUCAGGGCUAUCAGCUUACACGCCAUCAACGAGAUGCCUUAUUUUUGAAUGAACAAAUGAUUAGAGAAGAUAAAUUAAUGGCUAAAAUGUUUGUAGAUCCUGCUAGCAACUUGUUUUACAAAGAAGGCUGGCAUAUAAAAAUUCCUCAGGAACUUUGUGCCACUUACAAGUUACUAGCCGAAGAAGGGCCCUUAACAUUUUAUAAUGGUUCCUUAUCCUCUUUAAUUGUGAAGGAUUUGAAUGAAAUGGGUUCUUCGGUUAGUUUACAAGAUUUGCAUAAUUUCAAAGCGUAUAUUAAGGAAUCUGUUAAAGUGGACUUGGAUUCUUAUUAUUUAUAUUUACCAGCAGCUCCUGCUAGUGGCCAUAUUAUUGGAUUUAUAAUGCAAAUUUUGCUUUAUUUUAAACAUGAUUUUUCUUUAGCGAAAGAUUUAAAUGCUUUGGAAGUUCAUCGUAUUGUAGAGGCUUUAAAAUUUGGUUUUGUCAAACGUUGGCAUUCUGAUGCUGAAAUUUAUCAUGAGACUCUUAAAAACAUCUACAACCCGGAAUCUAUCAAAAACUUAACACAGCUAAUAGAUGACUUAAAAACAUUUGAAGAUCCCCAACAUUAUGGCUCCAAGGUUAAACUAACAGCCACAGCAGAUUAUGGUACCGCACAAAUUUCAGUUUUAGCACCAAAUGGUGAUGCUGUUUCCGCCACCAGUUCCAUAAAUUACUAUUUUGGCAGUGGUCGCAUGGGUACCCGCAGCGGCAUACUCUUCAAUAAUGCUUUGUCCGAUUUUACAAUUGAAAAUUUUGAAAAUUAUUUUAAUUUACCAAAUAUUGACAAUAUAAAUCAACUUAAACCACAAAAGCAACCCAUGUCUUCUAUGGCUCCAUUGAUAGUUACUAGCAAAGCCACUGGAGAUGUUAGAUUAGUGGUGGGUGCGGCUGGUGGCAGUCGCAUUAUUUCCACUUUGGUGCAAAUCCUAGUAAAAGUUUUAUGGCAGCAGCAAAACAUAAAACAAGCAAUUGAUGCAGCACGAUUUCAUCAUCAAUUAGUGCCUAAUAGAAUGGAAUAUGAGUACGGUAUUUUGCAACAAGUUGUAGAGGAUCUAGAAGCAAGAGGUCAUAAAACUGAAAGAGUAAGACAAAAAAGCACGGCAGUGUGUGGUGUGGAGAAGCUGAAAGAAGGAGUAGUACUGGCAAAUGCUGAUUAUCGUAAAGAAGGUGGUGUUGAUGGAUUUUAAUAAAGUAGAAGAUUAUUUUUUCUUGGUUGCUUUUUAGCCGCUUCGUAUAAUUCAUUAAAUUUUGCUAUAAAUAUUGUGGAGAAAUGGCAAACCUCACCGGUAAUGACUGUUAUGAAUCCUCAAACAUCA